UUUCGCAAAUGCAAUGAUUAACCUAUAAAAUGCUCAAAGAUUAAUGAAAAUAUCCCUUGUCGUCCCCUUUUCACGUAUCGGACUAUCCGCCGCCCGCCGCUAGCAUCCCUUCCUACCGUCAUUCUAUCUCCCUCUUUGCAUCCUUCCUUCUCUCCUUUCUUCUUUCUGAAUUUUCCACCCUUCUGCUUCAUCAAGUUUGCUACAAUCCUCUAGUCAUGGCUACCAGACUUCAAUUCGAGAACAAUUGUGAAGUUGGGGUUUUCUCUAAGUUGACCAAUAAAUAUUGUUUGGUAGCAAUUGGUGGGUCUGAGAACUUUUACAGUACUUUUGAGGCGGAGUUGGCAGAUUUUAUCCCUGUUGUGAAGACCUCUAUUGCUGGAACAAGGAUUAUAGGCCGAAUGUGUGCAGGAAACAAGAAUGGGCUUCUUGUGCCUCACACCACUACUGACCAGGAACUCCAACACUUGAGGAACAGUCUUCCCGAUGAAGUAGUUGUUCAACGUAUAGAAGAGAAGUUGUCUGCCUUAGGAAACUGCAUAGCAUGCAACGAUCAUGUUGCUCUCACCCACACUGACCUUGAUAAGGAAACCGAGGAGCUUAUUGCAGAUGUUCUCGGUGUUGAGGUUUUCAGGCAAACGAUUGCCGGAAACAUUCUGGUGGGAAGUUACUGUGCCAUCUCCAAUAAAGGUGGUUUGGUCCAUCCUCACACCUCAAUUGAAGACUUGGAUGAGCUUUCAACACUUCUUCAGGUCCCCCUGGUGGCCGGCACAGUUAAUAGAGGAAGUGAAGUAAUCGCAGCUGGUUUAACGGUGAAUGACUGGACUGCAUUUUGUGGUUCCGACACGACAGCUACUGAGCUUUCAGUAAUCGAGAGUGUCUUCAAGUUGAGGGAAGCCCAACCCAGCGCCAUUGUUGAUGAAAUGAGGAAGUCUCUAAUCGACAGUUAUGCUUGAUUUCAUAUAUUGUCCCCGUUAUAUUUUCUUGUUGAAGGAAGUGCAGGUUGGUUACGAAAACACCGAAACCCAUUCUCUAUAUUAUUAAAGUGAUCGGAAUUCUAGCAUCCAUGAAUAGAUUUUGGACUAAUUAGUACAUGUUAUGUUAUGGUGCUGGAAUUUUAGCAUCCAUAUGAAUGUUAUGUUAUGGUGCUGGAAUUUUAGCAUUACCGCAAUGGCUUCCUUUUGUUCGGGUGAAUUUUUUGAAUCAGAUCGAUGUUUAGAUUGAAUAUUUGGUUUUGAUCUCUAAA